AUGUCUGCGGCUCGUACUGUGAUAUGUUUACUACGGAACGACUUACGCUUGCACGACCACGAGCUUUUCCAUUGGGCCCAGAGACAUGCAGAACACAUAGUCCCCCUGUAUUGCUUCGACCCCAGACAUUAUGAGGGGACCUACCAUUACAACCUCCCAAAGACUGGGCCUUUUAGAUUGCGAUUUCUACUGGACAGCGUCAAAGACCUCAGAAACACAUUGAUUAGCAAGGGCAGCAACCUUAUUGUGAGACGGGGCAAACCAGAAGAUGUUGUGGCAGACCUGAUCAAGCAGCUGGGAUCUGUCAGCACGGUGGCUUUCCAUGAAGAGAUAACGUCAGAGGAGGUGAUUGUUGAGAAGAAUAUAAAGUCUGUCUGUGCGCAAAUGAAAGUCAAAGUGCAAAGCUGCUGGGGUUCCACUCUUUACCACAGAGACGAUUUACCUUUCAAUCACAUUUCCAGGUUGCCAGAUGUGUAUACGCAGUUCAGAAAAGUGGUUGAAAGCCAAAGUAGUGUGCGACCCGCCUUUCCAACUCCUGAGAAACUUAAGCCAAUUCCUCAAGGCCUCGAUGAAGGAGAUGUCCCCACCGCGGAAGACCUAAAACAGACAGACCCAAUAGAUGAUCCUCACUCAGCCUUUCCCUGUCGUGGAGGAGAGAGUGAAGCUUUGGCCAGAAUUAAACACUACUUUUGGGAGACUAAUGCUGUUGCAACAUACAAAGAAACCCGUAAUGGUCUGAUAGGCGUGGACUAUUCUACCAAAUUGGCCCCAUGGUUGGCAAUGGGAUGCAUUUCUCCACGAUACAUUUAUCAUCAGAUCAAAAGUUAUGAAGCACAAAGGACAGCCAAUCAAAGCACAUACUGGGUUAUAUUUGAACUUCUGUGGAGGGACUACUUCAAGUUUGUGGCUCUGAAAUAUGGAGACCGCAUCUUCCACAUUGAUGGACUUCAAAAUAAAACUGCCCCAUGGAAAAAAGACAUGAAGAUGUUUAAUGCGUGGAAAGAGGGACGUACAGGGGUGCCUUUUGUCGACGCCAACAUGAGAGAGCUGGCCAUGACCGGCUUUAUGUCCAACAGAGGGCGCCAGAACGUUGCCAGCUUCCUCACCAAAGACCUGGGCCUGGACUGGAGAAUGGGCGCGGAGUGGUUUGAGUAUUUACUGAUUGACCAUGAUGUCUGCAGCAAUUACGGAAAUUGGUUGUACAGCGCCGGAGUUGGAAACGACCCAAGAGAAAACAGGAAGUUCAACAUGAUCAAACAAGGCCUGGACUAUGACAAUAACGGUGAUUUCGUCCGGCGCUGGGUCCCAGAGCUGCAGACGCUGCAAGGGUCAGAAGUCCACACUCCCUGGACUCUCAGUGCUGCUGCUCUGUCACAUGCACAAGUGUCCCUCGGAGAGACGUACCCUGUCCCCAUCGUGAUCGCGCCCGAGUGGAGCAGACACGUCAACAAAAAGCAGCCCGGGGCGGCCUCAGGGUCCUCACAUCGAGGCAGGAAGGGCCCGUCUCAUACUCCCAAACAACAUCGGGACAGAGGAAUUGACUUUUAUUUUUCCAAAGACAAAGGGUUUCCAUAG